AACCGCGUCGCCAGAGGUCAUCAAACGGCAAACGAUCGAUCCGGAUUUAAAUCACCAGACGGGAUCGCGAUCUCAUCAAUAAUACGCGAGCACUCCUCCGAUCCCAGAAAAAAAAGAUUCAAUUAUACGCGCCGUUUCGCCAAUCAUAAACCCACAGGUUCACGUUCCGCAAAUUAUGCUAAUAGGAGUUUAAUUUCUAGGAGGACCGCUACCUGCACCACACACAGACGUUUGCUAAUCGGCGCCUUCAGUGUAUGAUUUCCAACGGCACGAUGCGGCGAGUUUUUGUAGUGAUGGUCUUUCUGAUGCAGGAGAAGAACGCGAGGUACAUCCUGCCGACAGUGCCCGACGUUGUGCAUCCGCCGGUUCCGGACGAUGUCAAAGUUAGCCCGGAUAUGGAGUACAUGGUGGACGAUCCGGACCCGGAAGUCACCCCGGGGUUGUUCCAGGGAGACAUGGCCAUGACCAAUGAAAUUUACAACUAUUGGAGGGUGGGCAUUCGGUGGGACGUGUUUCCGGAAAAGCUGUGGAAAAAUGGGACGGUGCCGUACUACAUUAGUCCGAUUUACGAGCCCGCAGACCAGGUAACCAUCAUGAAAGCCAUCCACACUCUCAACUUCAUGACGUGCAUCCGCUUCGUCCCAUGGAACGGCAAAACCAAAGACUACCUCCUCAUCUGGCCCAUAAAGUACCCCAAAGGCUGCUGGUCCUUCGUCGGCAAAUUUGGCGGCGCUCAAAUCGUGAGCUUGCAAGCCCCAGAUGCCACAGGACCCAACUGCCUGGGCACCGAAGGAAGAGCAAUCCACGAGCUCAUGCACGCGCUGGGUAUCUUCCACGAACAGUCCAGAUGGGACAGGGACAAGUUCGUCAAAGUCCAUCUCGACAACAUCAUCCCACAAUUUAAAAACAACUUCGACAAGCAGAGUCUCGAAAACACGACGUACAGUUUCGAGUACGACUACGACUCGAUCAUGCACUACGGCAAGUACUUCUUCAGCAAGGGUAAAGGAAAGCCGACGAUCACCCCGAAAACGCCAGGAGUGAAGACUUUGGGCCAGAGAAAAGCGCUUUCCAAGGGGGACUGUCUCAAACUGAACGACCUCUACGGGUGUUUCGAUAAGCCGAGGUUACGUCGCAAGUACUACUUUUUGUGCCAAUUUAUGGGAAUAUGAUUUAUUCGUUUGUUAAUAUUCGUAAAUAAAACUACGUUUCCGUUCUGGCGUUAAU